AUGCGCGAGCUCGUUCACAUUCAGGCCGGCCAGUGCGGUAACCAAAUCGGUGCUAAGUUCUGGGAAGUAAUCUCCGACGAGCACGGUAUCGACCCUACUGGUACCUAUCAUGGUGACUCUGACCUCCAGCUGGAGCGCAUUAAUGUGUACUACAACGAAGCCACCGGUGGACGAUAUGUUCCUCGCGCUGUAUUGAUGGACCUCGAGCCUGGCACUAUGGACUCGGUUCGCGCUGGUCCGUUCGGCCAACUCUUCCGCCCCGAUAACUUCGUGUUCGGACAGAGCGGAGCCGGCAACAACUGGGCGAAGGGUCACUACACGGAGGGUGCUGAAUUAAUUGAUUCCGUCCUUGAUGUCGUCCGUAAGGAGGCUGAAGGAUGCGAUUGUUUGCAGGGUUUCCAAAUCUGCCAUUCUAUGGGUGGUGGUACCGGAUCUGGUAUGGGAACUCUCUUGAUCUCCAAGAUUCGUGAAGAGUACCCUGAUCGGAUCAUGGAGACGUUCUCCGUGUUCCCCUCCCCUAAAGUGUCCGACACUGUCGUGGAGCCUUACAAUGCUACCUUGUCAGUACAUCAACUUGUUGAGAACGCUGAUGAGGUUAUGGUACUCGACAAUGAGGCCCUCUAUGACAUUUGCUUCAGGACUUUGAAACUCACAACGCCUACUUACGGUGAUCUCAACCAUUUGGUAUCUGCUGCUAUGUCUGGUGUCACUACUUGCUUGCGAUUCCCCGGUCAGCUCAAUGCCGAUCUCCGUAAGCUUGCGGUCAACAUGAUCCCAUUCCCCCGAUUACACUUCUUCAUGACGGGCUUCGCCCCCCUCACCUCUCGCGGCUCUCAGCAAUAUCGCGCCCUCACCGUGCCCGAAUUGACUCAGCAGAUGUUUGAUGCUAAGAACAUGAUGUGUGCAUCCGAUCCUAGACAUGGACGAUAUCUGACCGCAACCGCUCUCUUCCGUGGCCGAAUGUCGACUAAAGAGGUCGACGAGCAAAUGCUGAAUGUCCAGAACAAGAACUCAAGCUACUUUGUCGAGUGGAUCCCCAACAACAUCAAGAGUGGUGUCUGCGAUAUCCCACCCAAGGGUCUCAAGAUGGCUGUGACCUUCUUGGGUAACUCCACUGCCAUCCAGGAGAUGUUCAAGCGGGUGGCUGAACAAUUCACUGCAAUGUUCCGAAGGAAGGCUUUCCUCCACUGGUACACUGGUGAGGGCAUGGAUGAGAUGGAGUUCACCGAGGCCGAAUCCAAUAUGAACGAUUUGGUUUCUGAGUAUCAACAAUACCAGGAUGCCACCGCUGAGGAAGAAGGUGAAUUUGAUGAGGAGGAAGGCGAGUAUGAUAUGGAACCCAUGUAA